GAGCAACGUACCUUGACCUUGAUCGAUUGGAUGAAAUGUUUUAUAACGUGUUCGAAACCUUAAGCUACCAACUCAUAGUUUGGAUUCCCAUAUUGUCUCAAUACCAUCCUCUUGUUAUUUCUGGUUGUUUUGGACUGCUUUUGUGAUCAAAUAUAAGUUUGACCUAAGUGCCUAAUGAGACUUGUGGAAUGCUAGUUGGCAAAGGAGACCGAAUAUUCACCAUCACAAUUUAGUUACGUCCAUAUUAUUCUGAAACAAAUUUGGGAAAUCAUAGUCGUUAUAUAUAUAUGACAUUUGAUGCUUGAAGUUCUUCAAGUGCAAAACGUUUUUCACUCAUGGACUAUUUUUGGAGAAUUCUCGUUUGUUUAUUCGGAUUUAUUAAUCAAGGUUUUAAUCUUUAUUUCUCAUUAGUUAUUUCAUACCAAUUGUAUCUGGACCCAAUUCCAUCAUUAUUAUUCAAGAUGGCAUUCAAUAUUGGUGGUAUUUUAGGAAACAUUAUUAGCUAUCAUAUACUUCAUAAAUAUGGAUAUGAGAAGAUUAUAUAUUUGAUGUAUAUUGUUUCUGUUAUCGGAUGGUACUUUAUAUGGAUUUGUGAAUCAUGGCAAUAUUACGAAGUAUUACUUCUAAUUAUUGGACGAUUUGUUAUGGGUGUAUCUGUUGGAAUAGGAUUUUGUAUUUUACCUGUUGUACUAUUACAAUCUUUUUUUCCAGAUUCAUCUUGGAGAUAUUUAGCUUUUAGUCUACCAUGUUUUAUGAUAACCGUUUGUGGUGGAAUUUCUUAUUUUUUUGCUAUGUGUUUCAGUUGGCAAUUAGUUGCUGAGCUUUGUUUAUUGUCUUCUCUGUUUGAACUAUUAGUAACUGUUAAUUUUUCAGGGUGUUUAGAUUCAGUACAUGUUACAGAUAGUUUACUUUUUCAGCUGAAUAAACAAGUGAUUAUAAACGAUUCACUAAAGAAAUCUAAUACAUUAAUAUAUCAAAAAAUAUCAUUGCUCCUACAUUUUUUCCAAGCAUAUAUCUCACCAGACUUUUUAUUAAACAAUGCUCAGUUUAUUUGUUCAAAUGUAUCCAACAAUACUCUGUUAUGUCAUUUAAAUAUCAUCCUACUUUUGGUUAUAUUCAUGGGAAUCGCUAUGGGAUUUAUACACCUUAUAUAUGGUGUCUGGAAUUUAUUUAUAAAUGCUGUUUUGGUUGCCAUGGUAUAUAUGCUAGUGUAUACUUGGAAUAUUUCACUUUUUGAUCAAGUACUCAUUUGGCCAUCGACAACACUGAAUAUUCUAAUGAUUAUUUUAUGUGCAGCCUGUUCAUUCGGUUGGGGACAGUUACCUUACAUCAUGUUGAUGAACAACGGUAUUGUGGAACAAGCACUGUACCAAUAUUUUCUCUAUAAAUGUUUCUUAUCAUGGUGGAUAUCUAAUUUAAUUCAAACGAUAGUAUGGCAUAUCUUUAUCCAAUUAUGGUACUUUCAUUAUAUUUCAUUUUGUUUAUCUGUGAUAUGUUUGAUUGCUUCAACGCUACCAGUAGUUGACUAUUUAGUCAAAUAAAAUUUCUUCUUUCUUGCUUUCUAAUUCCUAUAACUUUAACAAAGACGUUCUUGUGACAGCGUACACAUAAUAUGCAUAAUACCUUGUGAUAUAAUAGACAUUCUUAUCUAAUUAUUUAUGCUUCACUCAAGUAUACCAGUUAGGUUUUCAGUUAUUCAAGAUGCCUUAUUUAAGUUGUUUUAUGAUAAAUGCGUGAAAAACCAUCUUAAUAGAUCCGAUGUACUGUUAUAUAAGUUCAUUCUCACUAUAUCUUUGGAUUUAUAUGCUUGAUCAGUG